GCCAACAGGUUUUUCACUCACCUGUUUCCCGAUUUUUCCCGUCGAAGAUGAUGAUCAACGUAACUUUCACCCUCCUUGCCCUUUUGGCUGUUUAUACUUCGUGUGUGCCGAUGUACAACAGAAGAGAGGAAUACCUAAGAGAACUUGCAGCUAUUGACAAAACCGAUGCGGAGCAUUCAAAAAAUAUGAAAAAAGACGUAUUGGACAGCGACAAUGAAAACGGAAAUGGCAGAAUUUUCGUAAUCAACUUAAAUAAUGAUCUUUUAUUGAAAAAAAUCAUUGACGAUGAGGAAGAUGCUAUCUUGCAUGCUAUCUCGGACGGUGAUAUUCCAAGAAACGACAUCGUAGAUGAAUUGUCAGUUGGAGUUAUGACUAAAAAAGAUUCCAGUAGUUCCAACAUGGAUAUGCUCAGAAAAAGGGCAUUGGACAGUAUUGGUGGAGGAGCUCUUUUGGGGAAAAGAGCACUUGAUAGUAUUGGUGGAGGAGCUCUUCUGGGAAAACGGGCUCUGGAUAGGAUUGGUGGUGGGGCCCUUUUGGGGAAAAGGGCUUUGGAUAGUAUUGGUGGUGGAGCUCUUCUAGGGAAAAGAUCACAAGAGUUUUUGGAGAAAAGAGCCCUGGAUAGUAUUGGUGGGGGAGCUCUCCUAGGAAAGAGAGCGUUGGAUAGUAUUGGUGGAGGAGCAUUAUUAGGAAAGAGAUCUUCUCAGAAUUCAAAUAUGUUUUUAGUGUAAAGGGUUUUGAUUCUCCGAUCGAUUGCAUGAAAUAAAUGUGUAUUAUAUAAUGUUCUGAUCUAUAAUGUAAAAUAAAUGAUUUUAUAAG